AUGGCCAGGAUAUUCCAGCCGAUAAACGAUCAGCCGUCUGCAGUACAACACGUGACCUUUGAUCCAGCUGCUCCACCUGUACUAGUCCCAAGGGAAGUCUUCAGCCCGUUAAGUUUCAAAAACGUUCUGUAUCACCAAUCAGCUUUCUGGGCACUCUUCGCCCCCACGUCCAAAGACACGUUUACAUCAGGACUGGUCCAUAGACUUUCAUGUCAGCGACUUCUCUGGGAGAUAGGCGGGAGAGUAGGUUUCUAUCAGUUAGACGACGUUGAAGUACGUGUCGUCAAGCCAAGCCUAUCACCAAAAUCUGGGUCUACUGACGAGUUUGUGCAAGGCCUGAUGUCGUAUUUGACCGAAUGGUCUUGUCCAAAGAACUUGACGUUUUUCCAAUGCGUUGUUAAACUAAGCAAUGAUUUAGUAGCUCAGAAGUUCUGGACUAGUAAGGAAUUACAGAUGAUGAUGGUGUGGGUAGAGGAUUUAAUCCACAUAGGAUACACACAGCCACAACGCAAAAGACACACGGAUGAAUUUCAAUUCUAUUCUAAAAGAACAUCGAGGGUUGGAUAUAGAGAUGAUCGAAAAUUCACGAGAGUCAGUUACGCCCCUUUAGAACAAGCGCCACCUGCGCCGUUUGAAAAAACCCCAUCUAGGAGUCAAAUUUCGAGACAAGCGUCUAAAAUUACUGCAAUGUGUCCCAAUUUAAAGUUACAUGAACAAGGAAAUACACACGCUGAUGACAGCGACAAGACCACAUUCUUCCAUGAUAUUCUAUUGAUUGUGGUUUACAAUCACUUUUAUUAUAACAAUACACUGUAUUUAGAUACAAUUCACAGAACGAUGUUCCGCCAUAUUGUCUAUUGCGGAGAAAGCCUGGCCAAGUUUCAAAAAGAGACGAAAGACAACGGGACCCAAUUUACCUUCAUCGAGGCAUCGGUCUUUCUCGGAUUCACCGCGUACCACUGCGUCAUCAAGGCUAUGCAGAUGGGGCACAAGGUCAAAGGUUAUCUUAUGGCCGGCGAUGACGUCAUGUUUAAGCCAUGGACUCUGCUCAAGGCCGACAAAAACAAAAUCUGGGUCACAGACGAAGGCCGUUGGUUCGGAGUUAAGAAAUCCGAAGCCACGUCUCGCUGGAUCUGGUGGGGUAUGUCUAUCGGAAGAGAAGCGUACUUAAAAACUUUAGAAGACCUUAGAAACACCAAAGAGUUCCCCAAAGGCGUCCGGGCAUGGCAAGAACUCCAGAGCAACAUGGCGGCUCACACAAGCUCUGAAGACGUGACGGAAAUUCGGCUGAGCGAUCUCUUCUACAUCCCAUCACGUCUGCUACACGAGACCUGCUGGUACCUCACGAGGUUCCUCCAGCAUGACGUGUACCUGGAGAUAGCCGUCCCGGCCGUUCUACGAGGGCUGGGUGCCAGCGACAUCCACUACAUCCACGGGAAGUCUCUUUGGAUGGAGGAGAGGAAAGACACGUUCCGUUUCUACUACACAGUGGAAUCGUUUUUUCAUCCAGCUAAAUUUUCUUCGAACACGGUUCGAGCUGGGUAUUGCCAGUUGUACUUUCCAGAUCUAUUACACUAUAUAUUUGGUUACAAGCGGAGAUUUUUGUAUGCAAUAACAUGA